ACGUAACAUCAGCUGCGGCACGUUUGGAAGUGCACUGUCAGAUUACAGUCAUGAGUAAAGCUGGUAAAACUGGUCUGAGCUCUCUUCUUAGCUACAGAUUUGUUAAAAAACCAAGAUCCAAACUGCAGCAUGAAGGUUCAACAAGCAGUCAGGACAGUGAUGAGACCAAGUGUCCUUCAGAUGACAACACAAGUCAGUCAUCUAACCAGAGUCUCACAAAUUCCAUUCCAAAUGGCCAAUCAGAAGAUCUAAAACGAGAGAAUUCUGUUAAUUCCACACAAUCAAAAGACACAGAAAGUUUGGAUGAUACAGAGAAGUACUGGGAUGAGGCUGAUGGGACAGAUACUGUUAUAUCUGUGUCUGUAAUUGACAGUAGAACUUCAACUGAAAAAUCUGAAAUUACAACUGUGCCAGAGACCCCUGCUUCACCCCUGUCAAGGGCUAGUUCCCCGGAGUCGCCAUUGUUUCGUGCAAAGCCCAAGAACAUACGCAGUAGAGCACUGGAGGAAGAGCCAUCAGAGGCUAGUGGAUCAUCACCAUGGAUGUCUAAAGAACAUGGCAAACUUACCAAUGGGUGUGAAUUUAAGUCUAAGAGUAGGGUAUUGCCAGACUUUAGUGAUGAAGAGUCAGAAGACGAGGAUACAGAUUUAUCUGCUGAGGAUAAAAAGAUAUUGAACAACCUGAUGCAGGUCUUUCCCAGCCAGUCUCGAGAUGUUAUACGGCAAGCAUUCCUAGACGCAGACAAGAUCUAUGAGUUGGCAGCGGAAAAUCUUAUUAACGGAGGGAAGCAUAAUACAAAGAAGAAGAAACGAGUGAUACGACUAGACAGUACUGACUCUGAGAAUUCCCAGGAACCUCCAGCGAAGCGAGCACGCCCAGUAGUGUCUAGUGAUGACCAGGAUAGUCAGGCUACAAUCAUCGACUCACAGAGUCAAGAUGGAGUCAUAGGGUACACAACGCAAGAGGAGAGAAUAAAGUUCUUAUCAGAUUCAUUCCCAACAAGGUCACGGCGGUCUAUAUACAGAGCCCUGGAAACAAAGAAUUGGCUAGUAGAUGAUGCUGCUGAAAUGCUGAGCACGAAGAAAAAAGAAAAUGGUGCAGAAGGUGGUGAUAUAGAUUUAUCUGACGAGGAUGAGGACUUUGCCAGUGGUGACGAGGCAGGCAACAGCGAAGACAGUUUAGAUGAUGGUGUUGAUGAACAUCAAACACAAAAGGAGAUGAUCCUGGGAUUUUUCCAGGAUGCCACACUUGAAGAACUGGCUGGAAGUCCAGGCUGUUCUAAAAGGAAGGCCGAGAUGAUUCUCAAAGCAAGACCGUUUAAGUCGUAUGAUGACUUGCAUAACAAGUUUGGCAGCGUGAAAGGGUUAUCACCAGAUCUGAUCGGUGGUUGCCUAGAAAUCAUCAGGGUGCGAGAUGUCAUUAUCCGUUUGAUGCAGAAGUGUGAGAAAAUCUCAGCUGAGAUGGAGAGAGUGGUGACAUAUCUUACACAACAAGACAGCAUUGAUGAAUCAGAUAACAGGAUACAUAUCACCAAACAGCCGGCUCUGCUGAAUAGCGACUACCAACUGAAACCUUUCCAGAUGGUUGGACUUAAUUGGCUGAGGAUCAUGCAUUCCAAAGAGAUUAAUGGCAUUCUGGCUGACGAGAUGGGCCUGGGCAAGACGAUUCAGACAAUAUCGUUUGUAGCCCACCUUCUAGAGGAGGGAGAGGAGGGACCACAUGUCAUCAUCGUCCCCUCAUCUACCAUAGAUAACUGGCUGAGGGAAUUCUCUGUGUGGUGUCCAGCUGUCAAGGUCCUGGUAUACUAUGGGUCUCAGGAGGACCGCCGGGUCACUAGGAGGAGCAUCCUGUAUGAAGAUUUUGUUGAUUUCCAUGUCAUUCUCACCACAUACAAUAUGGCAACAGGAAGUGUAGAAGACAGAGCAUUGUUUAAGAAGUUUGAAUUCCAUUAUUCCAUUUUUGAUGAAGGUCACAUGCUGAAAAACAUGUCCUCACUUCGGUACCAAAACUUAAUGAAGAUACAGUCUGAGCGUCGCCUAUUGUUGACUGGGACACCCCUACAGAAUAACUUACUGGAACUGAUGUCACUGCUGUGCUUUGUUAUGCCUGACAUGUUCAUCGGCAAGACUGACCAUCUUAAGCGGAUGUUCUCCAUGAUCACGAAAUCUGUUGAUGAUAAAAGGAGUAAGUACGAAGCUGAGAGGAUAGCUCAUGCCAAACAGAUAAUGAAGCCCUUCAUCUUGAGACGACUCAAGUCUGAGGUUCAGAAGCAGUUACCACAGAAGUCUGAAUGUGUUAAACUUUGUGAAAUGAUUCCAGACCAGGCAGAAAAUUAUCACAAACUUGUCAACAAAUUUCAACAAGAGCUCAGGAACUCAUCUGAUGGGCCAGGGGAAUCCAAGGGAGGGGCAGCCAUGUUGAUGCAGCUACGCAAGGCUGCAAACCAUCCACUGUUGUCAAGGACUCACUAUACAGACAAACUCUUACGGGAAAUGUCCAAACACAUAGCGAGGGAGCCAUCUCACAGGGACAGACAAGCUAAUCCGCAGCUGAUCUUUGAGGAUAUGUGUGUGAUGCAUGACUUUGAGAUUCACAAACUAUGUAAAUAUUAUGAGAAAUAUAUUGGAAAGUACAAAAUGCCGCCAUCAGCUAUCCAGGAUUCUGCCAAGUUUCGGGUGUUGGAUGAUUUACUUGUGAAGUUGAAGUCGCAGGAUGACCGAGUGUUGAUAUUCAGUCAGUUCACUAUGAUGAUGGACAUCAUGGAAGACUAUCUGAAGCAGAAAAAGUACAAGUACAUGAGACUGGAUGGGUCAACACCAGUACCAGAGAGGCUACAGAUGAUCGAUGAGUAUACAAACAACCUAGAUAUAUUCAUCUUCCUCUUGUCUACGAAGGCUGGGGGUCUAGGCAUCAACCUCACUGCAGCUAAUGUUGUCAUCAUUCAUGACAUCGACUUUAACCCCUACAAUGACAAACAAGCAGAGGACCGCUGUCAUCGAGUGGGACAAAAAAAGGAGGUAUCCAUUGUUAGACUCAUCACCAAAGAUACUGUGGAGGAAGGCAUGCUGAGGUGUGCUCAAGAGAAACUCAAGUUGGAGAAGGAUAUUACUACUAAUGAAGGGUCGGAGCAAGAGAGCGGUGGGGAUGUGGCAUCAUUACUGAAAGAAGCUCUAGGUCAGGGCAAAGUUUGAUGACAGCUGGCGAUAGGCUUUAGGUAUGAUAUAAUCUAUGGACAUGUACAAGAUACUACUGGUCAAAGAAUAUGGAUGCUCUGAAUCAGAUCUAUAGUGCCAUGGUGUAUGUGCUAUUGUGUAUCUAACUGAUCGCCAGGUCAGCUACAGUGACUGUACAGCUAGUGAAAGGAACCACUGUCGUGUAUGUUUGACAUAGCUAUAGGUACAUAGUACACUUAAAUGUGUAACCUGUUGUACGGUGCCACAGUGAACUUCUGAUGUGUUUUGAUACAAUAUAGUUGUCAGGAAUAAAAGCUGACAUGUACAUUUAUACAGUGCUAGGGUUUAGGCCAGUUACCAUGUAUAAAGAGAAAACAUACAUGUUUGUGGCGUCACUCAGGGAUGGUAAACUUUCUAAAUGAUCUGAAUAAUGAUCAAACAUGGAGUUGGGUGAAUGAUCCAAGAUGGAAUGAUCACUUACCAAUUUGGGGGAUGAAUGAUCAGAGAUUGAGUCGGAUGUGUGAUCAAUUCAGGCGAAUGAGCAGAGACUACUGAAUGGUCAGAAACUUUGAUUGAUGAAUGAUCAGAAUCCCUAGUUUGUUGAACGAUCAGAGACUGCAUUUGAUGAAAGACCAAAUCUAAUGAGCAAUUAGAGACCCAGUGUGAUGAGUCAUCAGAGACCAAGUCUGGUGAACAAUCAGAGGUCCAGUGUGAUGAACGAUUGUAGACCAAUUCUGAUGAACUAUCAGAGGCCCAGUGUGAUGAACGAUUGUAGACCAAGUCUGAUUAAUGAUCAAAGACCCAGUUGGAUGAAUGCUCAGAGACCAGGACUGAUGAACAAUGAUAGGCUCAGUGUGAUGAACUAUCAGAGACCAAAUCUGAUGAACAAUCAGAGACCCAGUGUGAUGAACUAUCAGAGGCCCAGUGUGAUGAACGAUUGGAGACCAAGUCUGAUUAAUGAUCAGAAACCAAGACUGAUGAACAAUCAGAGACCCAAUGUGAUGAACAAUUGGAGACCAAGUCUGAUUAAUGAUCAGAAACCAAGACUGAUGAACAAUUAGAGGCCCAGUGUGAAGAACAACAAUCAGAGACCCAGUGUGAUGAGUCCAAGGAGUGAUCAGGGUCUUAUUAAAGAUCUGAAACAGAGUGUGAUGUUUGAGAAACAAGAAAUAUCCUUGUCUGGGUGUUUACAUCCAAGAAAUAUAUUUUGGUCAGACAACUGAUAAUGUUAUGCUACAACAAACAAAAUGAUUUAAAUCAAUUGAAAGAGAUAGAGGUAUGUAAUAGUUAAUUACUACAGAAACUGACCAAUCAUGUUAUAGGUCUCCACUUCUCUAACUGUAAAGUUAUCAUAAACAUUAACAUCAAAAUAUAGGUUUAAUGUUUGAAUAUACGUUUCUAUUCUUGUCAUAUUUAGUGCUCCAAAAUAACAGGAAAACUGAUCAAAUACAAUGUGUGCUUGUGUGUUGUAAAUGUACAUAAAUUGAUUUUUGUCCGUACUGUUAAAGGUAUGGAUGAAUAAAUAAGUUAUCUGUAUAGAUGCAUUUGUAAAGGGAUUUGAAGUUUGUUCACAGUUGUAAUAAAACUAUUAUUUAGAUAUCAUUACUCUUCCUAAUGUUUUCUGACCUUAUGAGUAUGCCUUUAUGAUCAAUUUCUUUUAUGAUAAAAUUUCAACAUGUUUUCUUAGCAAUUUCGACAUUAUAGGACAUAUUUAUUAAACAAAAGUUUUGCUUCUUGCAGAACAUACAUUUUUUUUCUAAAUUUUGCAUUAAAAUAUCAGUGUUAUAUGGUGAGGAUUUCAUAAAAAUAGAAAUCUUAAAAGAAAUUAAAAAAAAAAAUGGAAAUUAGUUUUAUACAUUCCAUUAUGUCACAAUUUUUUUACCAACUUUAAGAUUGUAACAAAGGCAGAGGGUGUAGGUCAAAAAGGUGUAGGAAUUUAUAGUGGUAAAAAAAUGUUUGGAAACUUACAUUUCAUACAUUUAAUAUUUGCAAUUUUGUCUCGAGCUUGUAGCUCAAAAUGAUUUUUAUAUUACCAUCCUUCAUUAUUUUGUAAUUUUUUUGCUUUUUCAAAUUUUCAUUUUAUUGCUGUUUUUCAUAUUUAUUGCGAAAUUAGAUUUACUUCUAUCUCUUGUAAAAAGAGACAGUUUAUAGAUGGGUAUAUGGAUUUGCUCAAAUACAGGUAAGUGCUAUGUAGUGGAUAUAUUUACAUGUUUUACAUAACAGAAAUUCUAGCUUGGAAUUUCUUGAAAUAGCAUGAAUUUUUGUGGAAAAAAAGGGUUUAAACAAAAGUGAUAUUGAAACAAAAAUUAAAGUAAAUGUACUAGUUGUGUAUAUCAUUAGUCUUCAUUGUUGGGUGUGUACAUUGGUCGAUAUCCCACCAAGUCAGUUUUCUUAACGGGGGAUUUCCUAUAGUCAAUAAAGAAAAUUCUGGGGUUUAAAGACUAAAUCAAAUAUUCAACUAAUCCCCAUUCUUUGGUGUGUUCAUCUGGAGAAAGCCAGAAUAAUUUGGUACAAUAUUAAUAGAACUUUGAUUUUUCUUGCAAUUAUUUUAAUAAAAAGAUGCAUGAAUGGGAUGAUUAUUAUUUUAAUAUUUUCAAAUGAAUGGAAGAAUACAACAAUGCAUUGAUGUAAAUGUUUUCUUUUGUUCACAUUUGACAAUGUUUGAUUACAGAUUUGAGAAGAUAUCAUAUGAAAUGAAUGGUUAGAAUUAAUUGUGUUUGAGAAUAAUGUAAGAUUACUUUUAUGUAGGAUGAUAGUAAAUUGUGACACUAUAAAUUAUUCACGAGAGUUAGUUGCUAUGUGAGAUUAUGUGAAAGAAUUACAUUGCUAUGAGAGAUGUAUUUGAGAUAUGUUGCUUUGGAAGAUGUGUGUACAAGGCUGACUGAAUUAUCUUGAUAUGGUAAAUUAUCUAUGACAGAUAUGUUUCUAUGGGAGAUUCCGUUUGAGAGUUACAAUGCUGUGAAAGAUUAUGCUGGAGAGUUCUGUGCUAUGAGGGAUUAUGUGUGAGAGUUAUGUUGCUAUGAGGGAUUAUGUGUGAGAGUUACAUUGCUGUGAGGGAUUAUGUGUGAGAGUUACAUUGCUGUGAGGGAUUAUGUGUGAGAGUUACAUUGCUGUGAGGGACUAUGUGUGAGAGUUACAUUGCUGUGAGGGACUAUGUGUGGGAGUUACAUUGCUGUGAGGGAUUAUGUGUGAGAGUUACAUUGCUGUGAGGGAUUAUGUGCGAGAGUUACAUUGCUGUGAGGGAUUAUGUGUGAGAGUUACAUUGCUGUGGGGGAUUAUGUGCGAGAGUUACAUUGCUGUGAGGGAUUAUGUGUGAGAGUUACAUUGCUGUGGGGGAUUAUGUGCGAGAGUUACAUUGCUGUGAGGGAUUAUGUGUGAGAGUUACAUUGCUGUGAGGGAUUAUGUGUGAGAGUUACAUUGCUGUGAGGGAUUAUGUGUGAGAGUUACAUUGCUGUGAGGGAUUAUGUGUGAGAGUUACAUUGCUGUGAGGGACUAUGUGUGGGAGUUACAUUGCUGUGAGAGUUACAUUGCUGUGAGGGAUUAUGUGUGAGAGUUACAUUGCUGUGGGGGACUAUGUGUGGGAUUUACGUUGCUGUGAGGGAUUGUGAAAAGACCGGGAAUGAGUGAUGUGGUUUAGAAUAGAAUAGUAGAAUAGUAAUUUUCAUGAAAAUUCACUUAUGUUGUUAUGAGAGAUUAAAUUGCUGUUGUGGGAGAAGACGUAUGAGAGUUAUGUUGCUGUAAGAGAUUAUGUAUGAGAGUUACAUUGUUGUGAGGGAUUAUGUAUGAGAGUUAUGUUGCUGUGAGAGAUCAUGUAUGAGAGUUAUGUUGCUGUGAGAGAUCAUGUAUGAGAGUUAUAAUGAUAUGAGAGAUUAUGUAUGAAAGUUAUUUUGAUACAGAAGAUCAUAUAUGAGAGUUAUGUUGCUGUGGGCGAUUAUGUGAGUUUUGAGUGGGGAUGAGUGAUGUGGUUUAGAAUAACACUUUUCAGAUCCAUGUUUUAUACUUGUAUAAUAACUGUACAUGACCAACAUCAGUAAAUAAAUUGUUUGAUGUAAA